CGCAGUUAUCCAAUGGAUUCCUUUGUUUUGCCGCUGUAUACAUCCAUGUAUAUGUAUACAUUUAUAUACAUUAUGAACCAUUUAAAAAUCUCAGAGUUUUUAGUUACUGCCUGAACACCAUCUUAUUCUAAAUUCAUACACUGCAGUCAUGUGAUUUCAAAGUUUUGAUAGUCCUUGAUACUUACAACCCCUCUGAAAAUACAGCAGGAUAUCCCAGGAAGUCCUGAGACAAAAUCCCAGGAUUUAUCAGGAUUGUCCUCAAAAGUCCUGCUUUUUUGAAACUGAGAUUAACAAGGAAUUAGAGGAACGGUAUUGGCAGUGGGACAUUUCAGGACUUUUAAGGAUAAUUUGAACACUUAAAUAUGCCUUUUAAAGUCCUGCAAAGUCUCACUUAAUCCUGCAAUCUGAAAGGGGAGAAAGUGGAAUUAUUCUGGACAUGUCUUGGAAAGUCCCAGUAGACAGGACUGGGAUUUUGCAGGAUUUUAUUGGAUCUCCCUAAAAAUCCUGCUUUUUGAGUUGAUGCAGGACUCCUGGAAAGUCCCAAUUUAUCCUACUAACCUGUUUUGGUCUUACCCAGUACUCGAGAUCCAGGAUAUGUGAUAUCUUUUCUGUAAAAGUGGCAAUUAAGAAUGAAAUUAUGAAUUAAAAUGAUAAACUGAUAAUAAAAUUUAUUUAACAUACAUAUACAUAAAUUUCAGCAAUACUUAAAUGAACUUCCAACGCAAGUACUUUGAAAAGCUCAUUUAAAUGACGGCUGGGGUGAGCUAAAAAGCACUAUUUCUUACGUAAAAAAAUUAAUUAAACAAGAGGUCCAUGGGCCACAUCGCUCACCUUAGUCAUCUUGGUCCAUAUUUAAAGGUUUCCCAUAAACUUAUAUGUAAAACUUUUGUCCCUAUAAUGUGGCCAAAACCUACCCUUGGGGGCCAGACAAUUCAGGGUUGUCACUAGAAAAUAUUGAAGACGAGUCCCGGUAUCAUGGUUUGUAAGCAGUUUGAGUCCCAUGAAAAUUUGACGAGUCCCAUGAAAGUUGAAUUAAAGAGUCAUUUAGAUUUUUCCUACACCUCUAUUUAUACCGAGUGAACACAAGCUAAUGUCGUACCUCUGUUAACUUUCAUCUUCAACAAAUGGCAAAAAUCAGUUAAUUUUCGCCAAUCCCAUGCAUAACAGUGCAGUGAUCACUUUGUACACAUGAAAUUAAAAGUAAUCAUUCACGACUCGGUCUCAUACAACUAAUUGCCCAUUGCAGACAGACUUCCCCGAAUCCUCUAUCAUCACAACAACCCUAUUCAGCAUUAAACAAAAUUUUAAUUAAAUAAUUAUUGUGAUAAUAUAGAUGCGUACUAAUUUUGUUUGUAAAAUGAUGUAAAAUCUACCAAAGUUUACAAACUACGCUACUUUCGAUUCCAAUAAAAAUGGCUACCGGAAGACAAACAUUUAUAAUUAAAUAUAGAUCCUGAUUUGUAAAAAAAAAAGAAAGAAAGAAAAGAAACAAAUAUAAACUAGUGAUCCUAAUUGUUCGCGAACAAUUAGAGGGCUUUCCACCUACAAUGAUUUAAAAAAAGAUAUUUAAGAAUAUUUAAGAUGAUGUACGAAUCUCAAAAUGUCCAAGAAAAUUUAAUUAAUAAUUUUCACGAUGACCUUGACCUUAGACCUUGACCUCAUUUUGAAAGUCGAAGGUCAUCGCUAUUAAUGCAAGUGAUCCCAUGUCUCUAUCUAUAUUAAUGUAAAAGCUAUAAGCUUAAAAAAUGUUAAUCAAGACAUUCAGGGGCAAUAAUUUGUUUAGGGAUUUUCGGUUACUUUUGGUUAGCAUAUCUGAAAUCAAAAAGCAUUUCUGACAUGGGGAGGUGUUCGGAGACAUUUGUGUUGGCAUCCCAACACAGUUAUAGCUCGUUAUUAUUAUUAUUAUUAUUUUUUUUUUCCCUUUCGUCUCCGAGACCGUUGGAUGGAUUUUCCUUUCACAGAUUAUAGAGAACGAUGGUACAUCGAGGCAUUUUUUUCAUUUUUUCAAAAUUCACUUCCGGUCGUGAGAUACGUCCGAUUUUGAAAGUAACUUUGUCCGGGGGUAAACUUGAAAACCACUAAAGAUAAUCAAAUGAAACUUUCAGGGAUGAUAGAUCUAUUUUCUCUAUGGUGCAUGCACGUAUUAUUUUUUGUCGCCGUCACUUCCGGUCGUCACCGGAAGUGAUUAAAUGAAUCAUCAAUUUCAAACUUUUUUCUUUCAAAUUGAAACCUAUAUCGGUUUAUUAGGUCUCGUUCUAAUUCUCAAAAAAUGUUGACCCCACCGGAAGUUGAAUCUCCAACUUCCGGUUAUAUCAAAGAAAGACCAAUCAUUCUCUCAUUUUUCAGUGCCAUAAAUCUCGGUCAUGAAACAAGUUAAUGAGUUGAGUGUUACAUAUAUUAUAGUCACUAUAAAUGUCUAGAGUAACUUUAAAUAUUUUUGUAAAAUUCACUUCCGGUCGGCAAAUACGGCUUAUUAGCUGUUUUCGUUGUCCAGCGUUUUUCUCAGAAACGGUAAAAGAUAGAGUCACCAAAUUUUCAGAGUUAAUAGAUCUCACUUGUAGGCGUGCAGUAGACAAAUUGAAACCUAUAUCGGUUUACUAGGUCUCGUUCUAAUUUUCAAAAAAUGUUGACCCCACCGGAAGUUGAAUCUCCAACAUCCGGUUAUAUCAAAGAAAGACUAUUCAUUCUCUCAUUUUUCAGUGCCAUAAAUCUCGGUCAUAAAACAAGUUAAUCAUUUGAAUUUUACAUAUGUUAUAGACACUAUAAAUGUCUAGAGUAAAUUUAAAUAUUUUUGUAAAUUUCACUUCCGGUCGUGAGAUAUGGGGUGGACAUAUUCAAACCUUGUUUUUUCAGUUUCUCAAUAAUGAAUAUAGACAGACGCUUGAAACUUGUAGAGUUGAUCAACUAACAUUAGUCCAUUGUACACAUACAUUCAAUUUUUUUGUCCGUCACUUCCGGUCUAUACCGGAAGUAUUUGAAAAAAUGUUGAUUUUCCGAUUUCUUCGAGUGAUUUCUCAGAGAUGGCUGGAUAUAUUUUCUUGAAAUUUUCAGGAAUAAUGUCUUAUGAAAUGACCUUGCUAUAAUUCUUUUUGUUUUACAAAAUUCACUUCCUGUCGGAAAAUAUGGCCGAUUUUCUGUUUCUCAAAAGGAAUUUUGUCCAGCAUUUUUCUUUCAAAAGGUAAAAUAUAGGUUCAUCAAAUAUUCAGGGAUGAUCAAUCUCCGUUUGUCAGCGUGCAGUAGGGGGUUGAACAUGUCGACCGUCACUUCCUGUCGUCACCGGAAGUGAUGGAAAGAAUCGCAAAUUUCAAACUUUUUCCUUUAAAUUGAAACCUGUAUUAGUUUAUUAAGUCUCUUUCAAAGUGUCAAAAGAAUAUUGAGUCUGUCGGUAGUCAAAACGACUACUUCCGGUUUCUUGAUAAAAUACCUUUUUACUUUUCGUCUCUUUGUCCCCAUAAAUCUCGCUUAUAUUUGAAGUCUUUCAUAUGAUUUUCACAUGUCUUAAUAAAAAGUAUCAACUUCUAGAGUUUCAAUAAUUUUGUUUUUCAAAAUUGACUUCCGGUCGGUAGUAACCUACUACUUUUUCUUUCUUUAGUCUACUUCUUUUUGUUGAGAAGUCUUUCAGAUAGAGACGUGAUAUUUUCAGGGAAUAUAGACAGUAAAGAGACACUGUCAUUUAUAGGAAAACGCAUCUGAAUAGUACUUCCGGUCGUCACCGGAAGUUACGAGAAAGGAGUAACAAAUUCGAUAAUACAUUUCUCAAUCAUAGUUAAGGCACAUUUUUUGAUACAUUUAAGUGGUUUUCGUAGGAAUAGAAAGCUCUUUACCGGAAGUGAUCUAACGGAAGACCUACUCAUUACUAGUAAUGAGUGUCUAGUUCUUAUUCUUUUCUUAUUAUUAUUCCUCUUCUUUAGUGAGAAAUUUGUCCGACCGAUUUUGGGAAAGUGCUUCGACAGAUCCACUUCAAACUUCGUGAGCUGAUAAAGGGUCACUAGGAGGGGUGCAUUCAACUAUUCAAAUUUUCAAAAUGGCCACCGUUUCAAGAUGGCGGCCAAAAAACGUCAAAAACUCAAGGUUGUCGGAUUUCAACCAAAUUCUAUUUCUAGGGUAAUUUGGUGACCCCGAGUCUAUUUCCACCAUCAAAAAUUUUUUUUGAACCGCCAUUUUCAAAAUGGCCGCCAUAUACCGAAAUAUUUGAAAGUGUUAAACUCUCUACAACAUUUGGUUUCUGGGGUAAAUUGAGGGUCCACAGUUCAUUUCUAGCAUCAGUAUUUCCUUCCAAUCUAUUUCCAGAUUUUCAAAAUGGCCGCCAUUGAAGAAAAUGGCGGCCCAAAAAAUCAAGUCCGUCGGAUUUCAACCAAAUUUAGUUUCUAGGGUUUUUUGAGAUUCCUGAUCUGGUAUUAAAAACCAUUUCUGACAUGGGGAGGUGUUCAGAGACAUUUGUGUUGGCAUCCCAACACAGUUAUAGCUCGUUAUUCUUAUUUUCUUCUUCUUCUUUUUAUUCCUCUUUUUUCCAGAGAAAUUUGUCCGCUCGAUUUUAUGAAAGUGUUUCGACAGAUCCACUUCAAACUUUGUGAGCUGAUAGGGGGUCAUGAGGAGGGGUGCAAUCACCUUUGGAAAUUUUCAAAAUGACCGCCGUUUCAAAAUGGCGGCCAAAAACGUCAAAAAAUCAAGGUUGUCGGAUUUCAACCAAAUUUUAUUUCUAGGGUAAUUUAGAGACCCUGAGUUCAUUUGCACCCUUAAAAAAUUUUUUUGAGCCGCUAUUUUCAAAAUGGCCGUCAUAUACCAAAAUAUUUGAAAAUGUUAAAAUCUCUAAAACAUUUUGUUUCUGGGGUAACUGGAGGGUCCACAGUUCAUUUCUAGCAUCAGUAUUUCCUUCCAAUCUAUUUUCAAAUGUUUCAAAAUGGCCGCCAUUGAACAAAAUGGCGGCCCAAAAUCAAGUCCGUCGGAUUUCAACCAAACUUAGUUUCUAGGUUUUUUUUGAGGAUCCUGGGUGCAUAUCUGGCAUCAAAAAGCAUUUCUGACAUGGGGAGGAGUUCGGAGACAUUUGUGUUGGCAUCCCAACACAGUUAUAGCUCGUUAUUCUUAUUCUUUUGUGAGCUGAUAGGGGGUCACUAGGAGGGGUGCAUUCAACUUUUCAAAUUUUCAAAAUGACCGCCGUUUCAAGAUGGCGGCCAAAAAACGUCAAAAACUCAAGGUUGUCAGAUUUCAACCAAGUUCGAUUUCUAGGGUAAUAUGUCACCCCGAGUCCAUUACCACCAUCAAAUUUUUUUUUAGAGCCGCCAUUUUCAAAAUGGCCGCCAUAUACCGAAAUAUUUCAAAGUGUUAAAAUCUCUGUCAGAUUUCAACCAAGUUCGAUUUCUAGGGUAAUAUGUCACCCCGAGUCCAUUACCACCAUCAAAUUUUUUUUUAGAGCCGCCAUUUUCAAAAUGGCCGCCAUAUACCGAAAUAUUUCAAAGUGUUAAAAUCUCUACAAUAUUUGGGUUCUGGGGUAAAUGGAGGGUCCACAAUUCAUUUCUAGCAUCAGUAUUUCCUUCCAAUCAAUUUUCAAAUGUUUCAAAAUGGCCGCCAUUGAAGAAAAUGGCGGCCAAAAAUCAAGUCCAUCGGAUUUCAACCAAAUUCAGUUUUUAGGAUUUUUUGAGAAUCCUGAGUGCAUAUCUGAUAUCAAAAAGCAUUUCUGACAUGGGGAGGUGUUCGGAGACAUUUGUAUUGGCAUCCCAACACAGUUAUAGCUCGUUAUUCUUAUUAUGUUCCCCAAACAAAGUUUGGGAACAUAUUGUUUUUACUCUGUUUCUUCUUAUUAUUAUGUUCCCCAAACGAAGUUUGGGAACAUAUUGGUUUUACUCUGUUUCUUAUUAUUAUUAUUAUUAAGGUCUUCCGUCUCCUGCGGAAGACCUUACUAUUAUUGUUUGUGUUCUUCUUCUUCAUUAUUAUUAUUAUUAAGGUCUUCCGUCUCCUGCGGAAGACCUUACUAUUAUUGUUCGCGUUCUUCUUCUUCAUUAUUAUUAUUAUUAUUAUUAUUUUCCUUGGUAGUACACGCGUUUUUCUCAGCCAUUUCUCGAUCGAUUUUCACGAAAUUUUCAGGAAAGAUGUCUUUUGGUGACGAGACUUUGCUUGCAAAAUUUCGUGCUUGACGUCACUUCCGGUCAGGAGUUAUCUCUCUUUUAGUGACUUUUUGAAGGGCCUUGUUGUCCACACAUCUCCUCCGUUAGUUUUGAAGCUAGAGUCUUGAAAUUUCUACACAAGAUAGAGUAAACAUUUUAGAAGAUUUGCGAUUUGCCUAAACGCUCGCCUGGACCUGAAAAAAUGGAUGCCAAAAUUUUUCGCGGAUUUCGGCGAUUUUUGAUCUUUGAUCUCCAAUAUCUUUUUUCUUGCAAAUAUUUUGUUAAAACAUGUAGAACAAAAGUUGUGCACAUUUACGAGAUCUUUUCGAAAAUAUCCAGAUUUAGGGGCUAGCCCCUUAAAUUAGGGAUCUAGAAGGGCUCAAAGUCUAGAUCAAAUAUCUCAAAAAUCGUUAAUAUUUUGGUAUAAGUCAUGUUCAUUUCAACAAUCCAAAUCUAUUCAUAUAAAAAUUUAGGUCAUAUGUUACGUAAUAAGGGAUUUUAAGGGCCAAAACCAUAAAUUUUUUACCCCUUGUAUCUCGAAAACGACAAAUAUUUUGAAAAGCAAUAAAGAACAAAAGUUGUUCAGAAUGGUGAUCUGAACAAUAUGCAUAUUUCGUUUUUACCCUAUGUGGCCCCGUUAAGGAGCUACAGUUUGGCCCCUAAAAAUUACUUCUAGAAAUAACUCGAGAACGGUAAAGAAUUUCUAAAUACUUGUUUAACAAAAAAUGUUUGAAAUGUCAUGACCUUUCUUACGAUAUCAAGCAAAAGGGGCUGACCCUUUAAAUUAGGGGCCCAGAAGGGUCCAAAGGUUUAUGAGAAUAUCUCAGAAACUAUUAAUAUUUUGUAAUAAGUCAUUGAAGCGGAAAUGUUCAUCUAAACGAGCUUGUUCUUAUCAAAUCAAAAAGUAGGUCAUAUGUUACGUAAUAAGGGAUUUUAAGGGCCAAAAUCAUAAAUAAUUGACGCCUCAUAUCUUGAAAACGACAAAUAUUUUGAAAAGCAUUAUUGAACAAAUGUUGUUCAGAAUGAUAAUCUAAACAAUAUGUACAUUUCGUUUUUUCCCUAUGUGGCCAUGUUAGGGAGCUACAGUUUGGCCCCUAAAUAUUUCUUGUAGAGAUAACUCGAGAACGGUAAAGAAUUUCUAAAUACUUGUUGAGCAAAAAAUGUUUAAAAUGACAAGGCCUUUCUUACGAUAUCAAGCAAAACGGGCUGGCCCUUUAAAUUAGGGGUUCAGAAGGGUCCAAAUGUUUUUGAGAAUAUCUCAGAAACUAUUAAUAUUUUAUAAUAAGUUGUAUAAGCGGAAAUGUUCAUCUCAACGAGCUUGAUCUUAUCAAAUCAAAAAGUAGGUCAUAUGUUACGUAAUUAGAGAUUUUAAGGGCCAAAAUCGUAAAUAUUUGACGCCUCAUAUCUUUAAAAUGACAUAUUUUUUGAAAAGCAUUAUUGAACAAAAGUUGUUCAAUGUGUCAUAACCUAUCGAUCAAUAUCAAAAAAUGGGUCUGUGGGCCUCAUGGCUCGCCUGUAGAGUCGAUUUUUGUCGAUAUCAGUCGAUUUCAAAAACUUGUAACUGGUAAAUAUUUUGUAAGGACAUAUUGAACAAAAGUUGUUCAGUUUAUCGAGAUCUAUCGAUUGAUAUCAAUAAAUAGGCCUAUGGUCCUAAUGGCUCGCCUGUAGAGUCGAUUUUUUGUCGAUAUCGGUCGAUCUCAAUAACUUUUUACAGGUAAAUAUUUUGUAAAGACAUAUAGAACUAAAGUUGUUGAGUCUAUAGAGGGCUAACAAAUGACAUCAAGAAAUAGACCCGCGGGCCUUAUGGCUCGCCUGGAGAGUCGAAUUUCAAACGAAUUUCACUGCAACUUUGCUUCAGAAGCUUAUGAUAUGAAAAAUUGAUUAUAUCUAAAGUGUCUUAAAGUCGGAAACUAAAUUGGGACUCAUUUGUCUUUUUUUUUUUUUUUUAACUCCGAGUGCAUCAACAAAUCGGACAGAAGACCUACUCGUUGCUCGCAACGAGAUCGUGUCUAGUUAUUAUUAUUAUUCUUUCUUUCUUCUUGGGACUUUUUUGUCCACGAGUGUUCUCAGAAACUACUUAAGGGAUCAAUAUGAAACCUUUUUAGGAUGAUAGUAUAGCAUAUUAGAGGUGCGCGGUAUUACCGGUAUACCGGUAUGUUUUCGCUACCGGUAUGUACCGCGGUACACGAGGCCAAAUACCGGUAUGUUCAAGUCCGACAACUCUUAACAAAAAUAUAAAAUGGAAACAAAGCAUAGAUAUAAAAAUAUACAAUAUAAAAUCUAAAUAUAUCUAUACAUUAAAAAAAUAAAUAUUUAUUAAAGAAACAAACAUCAACAUUUGUAUACGUUGUGACUCACUUUAUUUACAUUGUCUCUUCGUCAUGAUGUAAUGAAAGGUAUGUCUAACUACAGUACACAAUCGGCAAUACGUAUCAAGUAUUUUAAAAAAUAAAACGAUUUGAUUUUUAAUAAAAACAUAUCAAAAUUUUUAAAAACUGAUAGAAAUAAAUUUCAUUUCAAUAAGAAAACCUUUAAUAUUUGGUAGACUAUAAAAUUGUUUUAUGUUGUAUGCUUUAUGCGGGUCAUAUACCGUUCCCGCCAAUUAGGCAAACCCCGAGUAAAAUGGAAGUAGCAGACACGGAUUUUGAGAUCCUACCAAAUAAAAGAGCAAAAUCCUCAAUUUGGAAACAGUUUGGUCUGAAGAAAAGGAAGUCAGAUGGAAGGAUUGAGGAAAGUGUUGCGAUUUGUAAACUAUGUGACUCGGUGAUCAAGUGUGCGGGAGGUGGCAUUUCUAAUCUUACAGCCCAUUUACGCCGUCACCAUCCACUACAAGUUACAAGUACUGCUACAGCUACCUCUGAAAAAAGUAACGCCGCGUCCCAUGGUUUUCAGCCACAAUCUCUGACUGUAGCUGGGAUGUUCGCUAAUAGACAGCUUUAUAAAUCUUCAUCACCCAAAGCAGUGGACAUUAUGCAAAAAAUUGCUUAAUUUUUGGUCAAGGACCUUAGACCUUACAGAAUGGUUGACAGCCCAGAGUUUAGAGAUAUUAUCAAUGCAUUGGACCCGAGAUACCAAGUUCCAUCUCGAAAACAAUUUAGUGAGGCCAUCAUCCCUAAAAUGUACAACGCAGUGAAGGAAAAUGUACUAAAAACCUUGUCAUCAGCAACACAGGUGGCAAUCACUAGUGAUGGAUGGACCUCGAGGUCAACCGAGUCAUAUGUCACUGUCACGGCAACCUUUGUUGAUGCAAAUUGGGAGAUGCAGAAUUAUGUUCUUCAAACCAGGCCCAUGCCAGAAAGUCAUACAGCUGAAAAUGUGGCAUCUGUCAUCAGGGAGGCCUGUAAAGAAUGGAAACUUCCAAGUCCUCUUGGUCCUCCGCCACUGGUGUCUGACAAUGCAGCAAAUAUGUUAAAAGCAGGGCAGAUAAUUGGGUGCAUUCACAUAGGAUGUUUAGCUCACACUCUGAAUUUAGCAGCACAACGUUCCCUGAAAGUGAAAACUGUCUCUAAUCUGUUGGCCCGUAUCAGAACCAUUGUUGCAUUUUUUCAUCGCAGCACUGUGGCAGCAUCAGUUUUAAAAGCCAAGGCAGAACUGUUGGCUAUCCCAAACCACAAACUCAAAAUUGAUGUGUGUACCAGAUGGAAUUCUACCUUUGAUAUGAUUGAGAGAUUUCUAGAAAUGCAGGUUGCUGUCAUAGCUUCACUUAGAUGCAAGGAAUUAUCACAUAUUAAGAACAAGGAUAUAAGCAACCUAAGUGAUGAGAGUGUCUCUCUGGCAGAAAACAUUGCAGCUUGUUUGAAACCCUUAAAGGACAUGACCACUAUGCUCUGCACUGAAUCCACUCCAACUCUUUCUGUGAUUAUGCCACUUCAUCGACAGCUCAUCACCAACAUUCUAGUCGCAAAAGAGGAUGAUUCCCACACAGUUGUGGAGAUGAAGAAGCUUAUGAAAACUGAUUUGGAAUCAAGGUAUGCAGACAAGAAAGACUUUCUCAACAUGGUGUCAGCCAUUGAUCCUCGUUUUAAAUCUUUACCAUAUCUCACUGAUGAAGAAAAGACAGAUGUGUUUGACCAUGUCACGCAGGAAGCAGUACGUCUAGCAGGAGCCAAAUUGAAACCAUUUGUUGUGAAAACAGAAAAAGAAGAUGAAAGCACAUCUACGAUUGUUCAGCCUAACUUGCCCUUAUUGCCUGGUGAUUCAGAAAUUCAGAUUAAAAAUGAAACAGUUGUUGAAACCAGCAGCAAGACAGGAACAUUUGCAGAUUCCUCCUGUGUCUUGCAUGACAUUUUGGGUGAUGUAUUUGUUACUUUAGUAGAGCCACCAAAAUCAUCCCUUGAGUUAGUACAGAUGGAAGUCAUCAAUUAUAAGAGUGAGCCAUCAAUUCCACUAAAGGCCAAUCCUUUAAACUGGUGGCGUGACCACAAGACCAAAUAUCCACAGCUGUGUGAUCUAGCUAAAUCUUUCCUCUGUAUCCCAGCCACAAGUGUGCCUUCAGAGAGGGUGUUCUCAACUGCAGGAGACAUUAUAACUGCACAACGGGCUAACCUUAAAGGAAAGCAUGUGGACACUCUGAUCUUCUUGAAAAAAAAUAUGAUAUAAGAUCAUAUAGAUUUAAAACAGUUCAAUUAAUCCAUCCAUUUACCAAUGUUCAUUGUUUAUUAUAGUUUGUUACUUUUGUGGUUUUUUUUUAUAUUCUUUUGUUUAUAAUAGUCAUUCCUGUUGAUUCUAGUCAUGAUACAGAGACACUGCUGUAUACUAAGUAUAUACUAUAUACUUACUUUUAUGUUGUUACUGGUUUCAAAAUAAAAUUUGACAAUAUA